AAAGGCAGCACCCGCUCUCACUAUGUCGUACAGAUAUUUUGUGGUUUUGUUUUUCUUUGGAUUGUGCUGCGGUGAUCCGCAUUAUUUAAAUGUUACAGAUUAUUUCUUAAUGCCACCGCUGUUUAACCUGGAUAACUAUGAAAAAUGCAUGGCUGGUGAAGACGGUCUAUUUUGUGUUGUUGCUGUGGACGUCAUAACACAACCUGAUAAUGACGUAACAAACAUCAUCAAAAAGUAUUCCUUAAACAAGCUAAAACAAUAUAACCACUCAAAUAUAGAACGAGGGAUUUGUGUCACGAGAAGUUGCAGAAGACAAAAUAUUCAAAAUUUAAACACGGAGGACCUACAAAUAGUACUUUCGGAAUGCCUUAAUGAAACUAUUUACAAUGAAUAUAAAGUAGAAACAAAAAUAUCAAGAAUAAAUUAUUGCCAUAAUUCUAAGCGUCGAGUUGAUGUAGAUGUUGAUAUUGGAGAUCGAAUAUUUGGAAUUGCAAUUUUAAUAAUAGUUCUGCUCAAUAUUAUUGGUACGAUGUAUGAUGCUCAGCUAGAUAGAACGAAAAAUCAAAGUAAAGGUAAUCCGUAUUUACUAUGUUUUUCACUAAUCAAAAAUUGGAACAAGUAUACCUCAAACGAGCAUAAAGAUCUUAGAUUUAAAAGUUUUCAAGGUCUACACGUAAUAAGAACUGUAUUAAUAUUCUUAAUAAUCAUGGUGCACGUCGUGUGGCUAAUGCCAUUCACUUUUGUUGACAAUCCUCGAGAUCUUGAAUUGAACUUCGAGAAGCUGUCUUACCAAAUGGUAUUCAGUGGAGGAGCUUUAAUUCAAGUCUACUUCAUGAUGUCAGGAUGUCUCCUCACGCAUGCGCUCAAAAUCGGUGCGGAGCAACACCGUAUUUCUUGGACAAUAUUCCCAUUGAUAUUAAUCUAUAGAUUAGGAAGGGUUCUGCCCGCAAUAAUGAUGAUCCUCGGUUUCACCACCACGUGGUUUCGACACCUCGGCAAUGGUCCAUUGUGGAACUACUACGUUAGCCCAGCCGUCAGCGACUGUCGGCAAUACUGGUGGUCACAUCUACUAUUCGUAAACAUCUUUCUGCCUGAUACGGAAGAUAGGGCCUGCUUAAUUCAAUCUUGGCACAUCUCGGCGGAAAUCCACUUAUUUACCAUUGGUUUGUUCAUCUAUCUGGCCACUAGGAAACGCUUUAGGCGCCUUGCAUUUACCAUCAUGUUCCUUAUUGGGUUGGUUGCACCAGCGCUACAUGUGUGGUUCAAAGAUGUUGAAGCUACUCUUGUGAUCUAUCCAGAAUUUGUUCGAAAAUUGAUGAGCGAUGAGUUCCGUAAUGUACAUUCCAUGCCUUACAACAACUUGUCAGCUUACGUCAUCGGAAUGUGUUUGGGAAUGUACAUAUAUGACGCACAACGAAAUGAUAAACAGUUUCCAAAAAGCAAGAUUUUAUCAUUGUUAGCGUGGAUGGUAAUACCAGCAACAUUCCUAUUAUUCGGUAUUUCUGGAAUGUAUUUCUAUGGAAGCAAUGAGCGAGCGCCUCUUCUGUUCAGAAUAAUAUUUGCUGCAGCGCAUAGACCCAUACUUGCCAUUUUGUACGCGUUCCUUGUACUCGGUUUAGUAUUCAAAUUUAGCAAGCUUGGAAGCAUUAUCGCGUGUUGGAGUGUUUGGCGGUUACCAAGCAGACUUAGCUACAUGGUGUAUAUAAUUCACAUCAAUAUUAUACAAUAUUUGCUCGGGACUAGGACUCAGCUGGACCACGUAUCGUUCAUAAACAUAGCAACAAAUGUCGUGGGGGUGACAGGUAUAUCAUUCUUGACAGCUCUACCAUUGUAUCUUCUAGUCGAGGCACCAUUUACAAACUUUGUUAAGGCUUUAGUGUUUGGAAAUCACAUUUAUCCGUCAAAGGACUCGAAGAAAGAGUAGAUUUAAAAUCAGUAUUUGCUUUAAAUUAUAAUUAAAAUACUUACAUUUAUGUAGCACUAAGUCGAAAUAAUAAUUCACAAUCAUAAAUUUGU